AUGGAAUCCCCACAAAGUGAAGAGAGAAUGGAGGGGUGGCUUUACCUCAUUCGUUUCAAUAGGUUUGGGCUGCAAUAUUCACGUAAAAGAUACUUCAUUCUUGAAGACAACUGCCUCAAGAGCUUCAAAUCUGUACCAACUUCUGAGAGAGAGGAGCCAGUACGACGUGCAAUUAUAGACUCCUGCAUCCGGGUCACAGAUAAUGGAAGGGAGAGCCAUCACGGAAGAGUGUUCUUCAUCUUCACCUUGUACAAUACGUCAAAUCACAAUGAUCGGCUGAAGUUGGGAGCAAGCAGUUCAGAAGAAGCUGCUAAUUGGAUCCGGUCUUUGCAAGAUGUUGCACUAAACCCAGUCAAUGGUGUAGUAGCUUCUUCAAAAAGAAAGUGGCAGCCCUUCAGAUUGAGUGUUUCCAAGAGGACAGCUAGUAAAAAUUUCAUGGAUGGUACUUAUGUGACUCAUAUGCCUGUGGAUGCAAUGACAUCGGAUGUUAUUGCACCUUCACCAUGGAAAAUAUUUGGUUGUCAAAAUGGUUUAAGGCUAUUUAAGGAAUCAAACAAUCAAGAUCCUGGUGGGAAGGCUUGGGAUGAUCACCCAGCAAUAAUGGCAGUUGGAGUUGUCGAAGGUACUUCAGAAGCCAUUUUCCGCACAAUAAUGUCUGUUGGUCCAUCAAGAUCAGAAUGGGAUUUCUGUAUUUACAAAGGCAACGUGGUUGAGCACCUUGAUGGUCAUACUGAUAUACUUCACAUAAAGCUGUAUAGCCAUUGGCUUUCUUGGGGUAUGAAACGAAGAGAUUUGCUGGUGCGACGUUACUGGAGAAGAGAAGAUGAUGGCACCUAUGUAAUUCUCUACCAUUCUGUCGUUCACAGAAAGUGCCCACCUCAACCUGGAUAUGUCCGAGCCUGCCUUAAAAGUGGUGGAUUUGUCAUAUCUCCUUUGAAUCAAGGGAAGGAAUCAGUUGUAAAACACAUGCUGGCCGUUGAUUGGAAGUUCUGGAAAUUAUAUCGUCGAAAAGCAUCUGCAAGAUCAAUAACUAUCCGCUGGCUGGGGAGAAUUGCGGCUCUAAGAGAAUUAUUUAGAGCAAAGGCAGGAAAAUUCUCCUAUGAGUUUUCGUUGGGAGAGUCAACAAGAGACAUUGGCUUGCCUCAGAAUGAAUUUGAGGAGAUAAAGAAGGAAGUUGAUUUAAAAAUGAUUCAGGAGGACAAAAUAGAGAAUGAGGUAGAGAAUCCACGUUCAGGAUCUUCAAGUCUUGUGGAAUUAAAUGAUGCAGCUGACGAGUUUUUUGACGUUCCUGAACCAUCAGAUGAUGAUCUGGAACAUGGUUGGGGCAUGAACACAAGUCCAGAUUUGCGUUACCUGGAGACAUACCCGCCAAAAUUAUCAUCAGCUGCCAAUUUUGUUAAAAUAUUCCAUGAUUUAGCAGUCCAGAAAAAGGGUUACAUGGACUUACAUGAAACGAUUUGGGAAGACAAUAUCUCAUGCCGCUACGGAGCUACUCUUGCAAAAGACUCAAAUUGUAGCAUGCCAUGCAGUUGGGCAGCUGGUGAUCCUUCAUCAUUUUUAAUUCGUGGAAGUACUUAUUUGGAAGACCAUCAAAAGAUUAAGGCAAAAAGCACUUUGAUGCAAAUGGUGGCUGCAGAUUGGAUAAGAUCUGACAAGCGUGAAGAUGAUCUUGGUGGUCGCCCAGGAGGCAUUGUUCAGAAAUAUGCAGCUCAAGGCGGACCAGAGUUCUUUUUCAUCAUUAACAUUCAGGUUCCCGGCACAACUCAAUAUAGUCUGGCACUGUAUUAUAUGCUUACAAGUCCCUUGGAAGAAGCACCUUUACUGGAACGCUUCGUUAAUGGAGAUGAUGCUUUCAGGAAUUCGAGGUUUAAGCUCAUACCAUACAUAUCUAAGGGAUCGUGGAUAGUGAAGCAGAGUGUUGGUAAGAAAGCUUGUUUGGUCGGUCAAGCACUUGAAGUGCAUUACUUCCGUGGAAAGAACUACUUGGAGCUUGGCAUCGACGUUGGUUCAUCGACUGUGGCGAGGGGUGUGGUCAGCCUUGUUCUGGGAUAUUUGAACAAUCUUGUAAUAGAAAUGGCAUUCUUGAUACAGGCUGACACAGAGGAAGAGCUUCCUGAAUUCCUCCUUGGAACAUGUCGGCUUAAUCAUCUAGAUGCGUCCAAAUCCGUUUCAACUGACUCCAUUACAGGCUAGAGAACUUCAUUUUCAAAGUAACUGACCGCAUACAGGAUUUUUUGAUCUAGUGCAUAGAACAUGUGGGGAAAGAAAAAAAAAAAAAAAAGCAAGAAGUUUGAACCAUGAUGUGUUAGGAGCAUUUAUCUUCUUACUCCAGCAAAAGCUGAACAUCUCUAGUACAUAUUCUCUUUUUUUAUCAGCUUGUUGGGGGAUGCAUUCAUUUGUAAAGGUUUACAUUCUUGAAUAAUUCUUAUUAUUCA